AUGUCCAACCCGAGUCGCCAGUUGCACAUUGGCGCACCACUCGCCCCUGUAACAACCUACCAUGACCCCAACCAUGACCGCCACCACCAUGGCCAACCCUUGAUAGCACCACUACCACCACCACCAUCCUCAGAAACAACAGCCGCGGCCCCGGCACCACCACCACCUGCAACCACUGCACGUCCCGAUCGAAUGGUUCCGUCAGACCCUCUGCCAGCUGACGCAGAGUCAAACGCAGACGUUGCUGUCGACCUGGCCCACGCCCACCAUGCUCUCCAUGCUCUUCAAGCUCCUCCCCGUCUGCACCACCUCCCGAUCCAGACCAGUACAUCUACGCCUGCUUCUGCCCUCACGCCUCCCUCUCCCCAUGCCGGGGCUCCUCCUCUUCCUGCUCACCCUGCCAGUGCUUGCCAAUCUCUAUCGGCUUCACACCCCCUACCCCUGUCUGCUGCGACACCUCUUCACACCACCACUGCGUCAACCCAACCAGGCACGCCUGCCGUCGCUGCUGAUAUAAAGUCCCGGUCUGGCCGCCCCGUCCCCAUUGCCGUUACCAAUCCCGGCUCCAGUCUAAAUACAGCUCAACGUUCGCCUGCUACUCCCUCACUCCUCUCACAGGCGCUCGCAACAGCCCGUGGUAUCCCUUCAAAGCCUACUGUAGUACCACAAGCCGACAGUACAGACAAGAAGCGACACACGGCAGCACAGCAGCCCGCCACGGCGCAGCAAUCGGCCAUAGACAGCAGAAAUAGCAACCCCAAUACCGCCACCAUCACACCCGACCGCAAUCCUCAACAGCCCGACAAUGACAACCUUGCGCAGCAUGGCGAAUCCCCGAGCUCGAUAACAUUCUCCGACGACAAUAACAAGAAAGAGUCUGCGUCUACCAUGGCUUCUCCUGCCGCGCCAUCCAUGCCGGCCCCCUUUGCCGGCCGCGAUGCCAUACCCGGCACCGCUUCCUUCUCUGACCAAACAAUUGCACACAUUCGCGAGUCACUCCUCGAACACAGAGACUUUCUCGACCGAUCCCGCGGCCGCGCAUCCUCCUCUCUCGACAUUGACCGCAGCACUUUUGAUCUUCCUUCCGACCAUCCCUUCUCAUACUCUACGAGCCCCGACGAUCUGACUGCUGCCACCUCGGCCUACUAUUUUGACCGCAGCACUACAUCGCCCUCCAAAUUGCGAGACGCCGUCAACACCGCUGAUAUACGACCCCCGAACCGCCACUACGGUCUCGACCAUCGCCAAGCUAACGGCUCCGAGAAGACGGAAAAGAUCUGGUCCAUUGGCGCGGGCGAGGGUAAUGAGGAAGACGGUCUCGUCGAAAAGUCUGUUGCCGAGGCCAUGGCUGGCGUCGAGCCGAAUGCCCGUAGCCGCAAAGCCAGUUAUAGCUUGCGCUUCUUCAAAGAAGCCCUGCCCGAUGAGGAGAAGCCUCGUCGCAAAGAGACAAAGGCUGCUCGCGAUAAGCUGACCUCGACUACCGAAGAAACGGAGCACGCUGUGCUUGACUCCUCCAAAGUUUCCGACGCGGCAAGUGUGGAUGAUGAGCUGCUCCCACCGCCGCAACAGCCACAUACAGAGGACAACAGGACCCCAACCGCCGAAACCUCUCCCGAAGUAAUUGAUUAUUUCAAGACCGAGCAAGAAAAUGUCGCUGGCGACGAGACACCUGUUGUGCGAGCCUCGGACGACACACAAACCGACGCCAAAACUGUACCGCCACUUGAUGUGGGGCCGGUGCCGGAGCCCGUGGGCGCACCUGAUCAGCUGCCCUCGCCGAGUACGCCAAAGGGCCGAGACUCCUGCGACAGUGGCGAUGGCGAUGCAGACGAGUCUGGCGAGGAGAAAAUAUCAUCCGCUGUUUUCGUACCCCACCAAGAACUGAGCGACGAUCCCAGGGAUGAGGUGGAGAGUCCCGACCCUGAGCAUCCCCCGCGUCCUCGUGCACCCUCCCAGAAUCAGCCCCAUCCUUGGCUAGUCAAAGCCGACGAGCCGGAACCCGAAGUUAGCGAACAAGAUGUCAAGCCCUACGAAUUAUCCUAUCGUCGAUCUCGCGAGAAUCUAGCACCACGACGUGUUGAGCAAGAAGUUGUUCAACCCCAACUCCGGUCCAUCGAAGUGGACACUGAACCCAAGAAAUCGACUGGAAAGUCUGCUCGUAUCAUAGCGCCGCAUGAGGAGACCAGCCAUGACCACAACCAUUCGCACAUCAGCGAGCCGCUCGACGCCAUUGAGCUCAUUCCCUACAAGCACCAGGUUGGUGGCCACACGACCAUAUGGCGCUUUUCUCGCCGUGCCGUGUGCAAGCAGUUGAACAAUCGGGAAAAUGAAUUCUACGAAACCAUUGAGAGGUAUCAUCGCGACCUGUUGCCCUUUCUUCCCCGAUAUAUUGGUGUCUUGAAUGUGACUUUUCAGAAACAGCCAAGACGCAAGAGCCUGUCCAAAAAGGAAGAGCAAGCAGUGGCAGAGCGUAAAAAGGUUCAGGAUGCUGCAGCUGCGGAAGAGCUGGCUAACACUAAUGGUGCCGAGGCGACGACUACUAUGAAUGGUUCUGGACUCAACGGACUUCUUCCAAACAGGAUCAUUAGCCAGUCACUUGCCAAUUCGGCUCUGCAAAUACCCACUGUCACGUUUGACGACAACAAGCAUAUUCUUCCACGAAGUCUACUACAGCCAACACCGCCGCCAGAUUAUUUCCGAAGAAGAAGCGCUUCGGGCGCCAAAACAUCGCCACAGGCAUCGUGGACAACAAGCCAGCGGCCGUUUCUUGAUAACAGACCCAACAGCUGGGGCGCAACAACAAUCAACAAGCGACUACGCAACGAAGUGUUCAACGAUGUAUUCCUCAAGGAGCCCGUCGAAGUUCAGAAACACCGACGUCCUCACCAGCGCUCUAUCCCUCGACCGACUCUGCAGAGAUUGAUUCGUCCGAGCAACUCGGAUCCGAACUUGGGCCGUGUCCAGCCAAUAAAAGAACGCUCUCCGGCAGCGGCUGCCAUUGGUCCGCCGCCACCGUCUUUACCAACAGAGACUAGAAGCGACCUAGGGGAGUCAACUUCGCUGCUACUGUCUGCUGGACCCGAGCUAGAAAAGGAUGUUCAGGAUGUCACGGGAACCAGUGCCCCGGAACCAGAAAUUCUAAAGAAUAACCCUCUAGCUGCUAAGAAGAAGCGGCGAUACUCUGCCGGCGGGCUCCGUCGAAGGCCGCAAGACGUGCGUGAGUCAAGAGGAAACCUCAGGUAUUACGAAGAGGCAGAUGACGCCGAUUAUCAUCCCGACAGCCACAAGACAGCCAAAGAAGACGGCAAAUCUUCUUUAGAAACCAAUGGAAAUUACGAGAACGGCGACGAGGAAGGCAUUUUCGAAGCCGACAUUGUGGAAUCCACGCACAGCCCCCAGAAACUUGACCAUUCGUCUACAGCAUGUUCCACAGUCGCUUCCGAGCUCCCCAGUCCCACUGUCGAAUUCAAGAAGAUCCCGCGACCCGUGAAUCCCAAGGAAGCUAAAUCACAGCGUGAUCGCAUUGAGUACUUUUUGUUGCUGGAAGACCUCACUGCAGGCAUGAAGCGUCCCUGCAUGAUGGACUUGAAGAUGGGUACACGUCAGUAUGGCGUCGAGGCUACACCGAAGAAGCAAAAGUCGCAGCAAGAAAAAUGCAAAACAACUACUUCUCAAGAGCUUGGUGUGCGCAUCUGCGGCUUGCAAGUCUGGAACAACAGGACACAGAGCUAUGACUUCCAGGACAAGUACUUUGGCCGCAGGGUCAAGGCCGGCAGCGAAUUCCAAGACGCCCUGCAAAUGUUCCUGUACAACGGCGUUGAUCUGCAGAGCAUCUUGCGCCACAUACCCGUUAUAUUGCGCAAGCUGGCGCAGCUAGAAAAUAUUGUCCAAGGUCUAUGCGGCUACCGAUUUUAUGCCGCCAGUCUGCUCAUGUUCUACGAUGGCGACAUGUCGGACGACGGAGCCGGCGACGAGACCGUCUACGAGUCUGCAACAGACGCCGCGACGGAUACCGAGGAGUCGCCACGACGCCGUAAGCGGAAUCUCAAGGAGGUCGACUUCAAGGUGGCCGACUUUGCCAACAGCGUCACACCGUUUGACAACAUUGACGACAAGCCGUGCCCGCCGCAGCAUCCGGGCGAGGCAGACGGCGGGUUCCUCAAGGGCCUGCAUAGCCUCAAGUUGUACUUUCUGCAAAUUCAGCAAGAUGUGCGCGCUGAACUCGGUCUGGAUCCGCUGGGCCGCGGUGUGCUGGAGCUCCGGGAUCUUGAAGGUCUGCAUAUUGAGGAGGAUGUGGGCAUGGUCAGCGUCUAG